AUGUCAGCAGAACAAUCGCGAUCAUGUCAUCUACCAACACCUGAACAUCUGUCACCUCGCCAUCCAGCACCAUGGCGACAGAUUGAAGCGAUACUCUACGAGCGCAUCAACGAUGUAAUUCUCCCUGAUGUUGUUGAAACAGCCGGAUCCCAUCUCAUACCCGCACCUGCGACACCGGUCCCGGCAUCCCCCCCGAACGAUGACGAGUUCGUCAAACGUCUGCACCAAGCGAUAGAACUAGCUCUCUCCCGCCAGGAAGAGCGAUGCAGAUUAUACGGACGGGAGAUCGCUGAGAAUACGCGACCAGGUCAUUCACCCCAGGGUCUGAUGGAGAAGCUGUUCCGUGAGGCCUGGGUUGAUAUCGACAGCAGCAGCGACUCUGGCUCAGCGACAACGAUGGGGGCAACAACACCACCAAGUUGUGACGAGGAUAAUUCCAGACUGGAGACUCUUGUUGAAAAUAAUACGGCGGAGAAGAAGAUUCCUGCGCUGAGUCGGAAACGAAAACGGGAAAUUGGGGAGGAUGAGGGGCGGAGGAUUAAGCGCAGACGGACAUAG